GCCACCCGCGCAGAGAGCGGGGAAGUGGUCGGAGCGGGUCUCCCCGCGGCGCGCUGCGACUGCCGGCUCGCCUUGCGCAAGGCUGGCCGCUCCCUUGAGAGCUCAGCGCCGCCAGAGGGCGGGGACGCCGCUCGCUCGCUCGCUCGCCCCCCGGGCGGACAGCCCCUUUCCGCUUUUGACUCACGCACUCCUCGGCAGGGCUCCUCGCGCGCGCACAGCCGGGGCGAAGGGAAGCGUCCGCAUGCCUGCCUCGCGGAGCCACCGAGCUUGUCCUACAAAGCACUAAUCUACGGGAAUUGCUGACAGCCUUUGAAAGAUGUCUGAGUGAAUGUGGCAAAAUAGAAACAGCCUCCUAUCAGCAGCACAAAUAACAAUCAAGCCUCGGGAAAACAUGCGUGGCACUGUUGAUGAGUAGCACAUGGCUUCAGAGUGGAGGAGGAGGAGGAGGAGGGCGCUUCCUGUCCAGCUUCUGCUGAUAUCUGGACUUAAUGCUUAUAAGAAGAGAUGCUAACUCACAGUCUGAGUCUACCAAUGUGGCCGAACAGGACAGAUCCGACAGCUACUUGACUGGCAGAAGGCACAGCGGCAGCUGCUAUUUGGACCAGCAGAGACCUGUCUUCUUGCUUGUCACAGGAGAGGAGCACAGAGGCCAACUGCAAUUAAAAUGCCAGCGAAAGGCAAAUAUUUUUUUAAUGAAAACGAAGGCUGCAAGAUAACGGACCCUUUGUACGAGAAGUACCGGUACUCGAGUCAACAGCACCCGCUUCUCCUCUUCCUGCUCUCCAUUGCAAUCCUGUACUGUACGGCGCUGAUCGUCAUUUUUGCCAGCAGGGAAGGCGUGCCACAUGAACACCUUUCCUUCAUCAUCACAGUGAGCAUUGCUCUUGGGAUUUUCAUCAUCAUUUUUAUCCUGGUUUACGUUGAAUCUUUCUUUUGGUGCCGGUUGAAGCUGUUUGCUGUUGUGAUUUGGAUCUGCUUGCUGGCCAUAGGAUAUGUGUCUAUUUUUGACAAGGGAAACAUUCCUCAUCUUGCUGCAUGGGAACAGGUGCCAUUCUUCCUCUUCAUAAUCUUCACCGUUUAUACAAUGCUACCCUUUGGAAUGAGAGGUGCUGUAAUCGUCAGUAGCAUUUCAGCGCUGUCCCAUAUUGCAAUCCUGAUCAUCGCUGUAUCAGUCAACGGGGAACAGCGUCUUGUGUAUCCGGUGAUCGCCAAUGUGUUCAUUUUCCUUUGUGGCAACCUGAUGGGUGCAUUUCACAAGCAUCAGGUGCAGGAUGCGUCGUGGGAUUUGUACAGAUACACAUUGAAAUGCAUCCAGGUCCAAAUGAAGCUCAAGAUUGAAAAGAGGCAACAAGAAAGCUUGCUUUUAUCAAUACUACCAGCUCAUAUCUCUAUGGGAAUGAAACUAGCUAUCAUUGAGCGUCUAAAAGAAACCAAUGACAGGAAAAAGCAUGAUAACAACUUCCACAGCCUCUAUGUGAAACGGCAUCAGAAUGUGAGCAUCCUGUAUGCAGACAUUGUAGGAUUCACUCGCCUGGCAAGUGACUGCUCUCCUAAAGAGCUGGUGGUGAUGCUGAAUGAACUCUUUGGGAAAUUUGACCAAAUUGCCAAGGAAAAUGAAUGCAUGAGGAUAAAAAUCUUGGGAGACUGUUAUUACUGUGUCUCGGGCUUACCUGUCUCCUUGCCGGUACAUGCCAAGAAUUGUGUGAAAAUGGGCCUUGACAUGUGUGAAGCUAUAAAACAAGUGAGAGAAGCCACAGGAGUGGACAUUAAUAUGAGAGUCGGCAUUCAUUCUGGGAAUGUACUCUGUGGCGUGAUUGGGCUUCGGAAAUGGCAGUACGACGUUUGGUCUCACGACGUGUCCUUGGCUAACCGCAUGGAAUCCGCAGGCGUUCCUGGUCGUGUACACAUCACUGAAGCGACGCUAAAUCACCUAGGCAAAGCCUACGAAGUGGAAGAAGGGAAUGGACACCUACGAGAUGCCUGUCUCAAGGCCAUGGACAUCAAGACGUACUUGGUGAUUGACCCAAGGUCCAAGCAGCGGACCUCCAACCACCAUCUCCCCCAAACCAGAGUGCAGGAUGGCCUGAAGAUGCGGGCCUCGGUUCGGAUGUCGCGAUACCUGGAGUCGUGGGGGGCGGCCCGGCCUUUUGCGCACCUCAACCACAGAGAGAGCGUGAGCAGCGAGACCUCAGCACCAAACCGAAGGCGUCGCAAGGAGAUUGCACUGCACCUGGCCAACCGUCAGAGGAAUUCAGAGAGUCUGAAAGGAGCUAGACAGCAACAGUUUUGCCUUCCUUCCGUUGUAAACUAUAAAAAUACCUCUCAGAAGGGAAGGAUGGAAGAAGACAUCAACGACAAAAUGCUGUCCACCAUCGAGGGCCUCAGUUCAGCCAAGCGGUGGUGUGGGAAGACCGAUGACUUCCGUGGGCUCUGUGGAUUUCUGCUGUGCUUCGUAGACAUGGGACUCGAAAAAGAGUACCGCACAAUAGCAAUCCCGAAACUAAGGGGUUAUUUUGCCUGCGCCAGUGUUGUGCUGUUGUGUAUGUUUCUGGUACAGAUCACCAUAAUGCCAAGAAAUGCAAAAUUAGGAAUUUCGUUUGGAAUCGUAGCUCUCAUAAUGGGGCUUAUUUUGUGUGUGUGCUUUGCUGAUGACUGUUGGAGAUGCUGCUCGAAGCGAUGGCCCCUAGCCCGCUACCUCCGCACGCUCUCUCACAAAGUGGAGACGAUGCCAUCCGUGAGGCUCCCGCUGGCUACCCUGGCAAUAGUCUCCUUGUUCAUCAUCGCCAUUUUUAAUUUGUCAGUGAACCAACCCAGGGGAAACUGUACAACUUCUGAUGAAGUCACCACUCUGCCUGUGAACCCGCCCAGUGGAAACUGCACAGGGACUGAUGACAUGAUCAUUCCGUAUUAUACCUACUGCUGCCUCCUGGGGUUUAUUGCCUGCUCCGUAUUCCUUCGCAUGAGCUUUGAACUCAAGCUUAUCCUCCUGUCGGGAGGCGUCGUUGGAUAUUUCAUCGUAUUUAAUACCCACAGGCCUUUAUUUGUGAGCGAAAGUAAUACAACCCAAAGGUUUUUUAUGAAAGAUCCACAGAUUUAUACCAAUUUAUAUCUGGCCUUGUUUUACGUAACCCUCGUCCUGCUGUCAAAACAGAUAGACUAUUACUGUCGGCUGGACUGCCUACAAAAGAACAAAUUUAAAAAAGAACACGAGGAGUUUGAAACCAUGGAGAAUGUAAACAGGCUGCUGCUGGAGAACGUCCUUCCGGCCCAUGUUGCUGCCCAUUUUAUUGGGGACAAAUUAAACGAGGAUUGGUACCAUCAAUCCUAUGACUGUGUCUGUGUCCUGUUUGCCUCAGUACCUGACUUCAAGGUCUUCUAUACAGAGUGUGAUGUCAACAAGGAAGGACUGGAGUGCCUUCGACUGCUCAACGAAAUCAUUGCUGAUUUUGAUGAGCUGCUGCUGAAACCUAAAUUCAGUGGUGUUGAAAAAAUCAAAACCAUUGGGAGCACUUACAUGGCGGCUUCCGGGCUCUGUGUUAUACCAGGCCAGGAGAAUAAUCUGGACCAGGAAAGGCAGCAUGCUCAAAUAGGUAUCAUGGUGGAGUUUGCGAUGGCCUUGAUGACUAAACUGGAUGGCAUCAACAGACAUUCCUUCAACAAUUUCCGUCUGCGAGUUGGCAUAAACCAUGGGCCUGUGAUAGCCGGCGUGAUUGGUGCCCGGAAGCCCCAGUAUGACAUCUGGGGAAAUACCGUCAAUGUUGCCAGCAGGAUGGAGAGUACUGGAGAACUUGGAAAAAUACAGGUUACAGAAGAGACAUGCAAAAUACUGGAGGGCCUCGGGUAUGCCUGUGAAUGCAGAGGACUCAUUAAUGUCAAGGGAAAGGGAGAAUUGACAACCUACUUUGUGUGCACCGAUACCGCCAAAUCUCAAGCGCUCUGAUUGAACAAGCAGCUACUGAGACGUUCGGUCCAAAUGUCUGUCUUGUGAGGUUCAUGCACGUGUGUCUCUUUUAAGACCCCUUCUGUGAAGCCUGGAAACUUUUGCUUCCUUUCCGGAAAGGAGCUUAUGCCGAAUGGCCACGGAUGUCGCAUGGUCUCGCUUACAUCUCGAGAGAGAGAAGUACAGAAAGCUCUCCAAAGGUGUUUGCAGCUGUGUCGGCCCAUUUCCAAGACAGUUUGCAGCUCUCUCUGCCAUGGAUCAAUCUCUGCUAUCCGGGGCGUGAAAUGCCUACACCCCCCCCCCCCCCGCAUCUCUUUGUCAAACUAAUUGCCUCAUUCAAACAUUCCACUGCCGUAGCAGUCAUCAGGUCUGCUAACAGUAUUGCACUUGUAUAGAAGGAAAGAUUCUGACUGCACAAAGACACAUUUUGGACAUAGCGCUGACUGCAACGCAAAGCGGACUAUGUGACAGAAGACGACAGGAUCGGAAUACCGGAGAGAUUUUUUUCCCCCCAGCUGGAGAGGUCAGGGAUUGAGCUUGGGACCUUCUGCAUGCAAAACACGUGCGCUGCUACCACCAAGCAGCAGCCCCUCCUGUGUGUGCCCUAGAACCCAUUUUCAAUACCAUAAAUGUUGCACUGUCAGUAUUCUCUAUAACCAGAAUCCAGCCCACAAAACACCUUUUCCUGCAGUACAGGAGAACCUCGAUAUUCGUGGGGGUUCUGUUCCGGGCUGCAGCCAUGGAUAGGGAAAUCGUGAAUAUCAGGUAAUGGAAUCCUAUGGGAUCGCGGGGGUUAGGAUCCCAGUUGGCCAAGUUUUGUGUGGGGGAACUACUUACCAUGCUCCGUUGCUCUGCUUGAGUCAUGCUGUGCUCCCAAAUCGGCCGACAAUUGGCGUGCCCCCCUCCCUAUUUUUUACAAAGACGGGAGCCAUUUUGUUGGCUCCGUUGAAGAAAAUGGCGGCCGGAAAUGACCUCUGUAGUCAUUUCCGGCCACCUCCAACCCGUGGGAAUGUGAGAUCAGCAUGGUCCCCCCCACUUCUCUGUGUAUGCCAAGGUCAGGUGUCUUUUUCCUGACCACGGAUAUGCAAAUCCAUGGAUAACAAGGUCCACCUGUAGUCCUGUAGCAUUAGCAAACCUGAUGCUGGUAUUUCAUGUCUGCUUUUGCCAUCUCUACAAGAGCAAAGAGAGAGAGAAGACGAGGAGGAAAAAAAAGAGAAGUCAUUUUUCUGGGGUGUGUUACCGGGGUCUGGGAACCAGCAUCUUUGUCUUUGGUUUCAGAACGUGCUUCCACCCUGGAUGGAAGAACUUGGAUAGUUUCUGCGUUCCGUUGUGUUCCUUCUGCAAAUGGUCUUGCUCUUCAUGAAUGACAGUUCUUUGUUCAGCCAGAAACUUCGUCUGCUUACAUGAGGUUGGAUUGGAUCCACAGGUGUGGAAAGCAUCUACUGCUCACGGAAGGGCUGUUUUACACAACUCCUUGUGCAGGCAAAAGCACGGGAACUGCUAUAGAACCUGCCUAUUAUCGAGCUGAGUGAACUCUUGAGCAAGUGCGUGCACAACAGUGCUAGCAGCUAUUUUUAGUUCUGCUCAAGGUUGUUUGGAUAUGCACCCCACUGUACCUGCAAUUAAUGUAUUGGCAGGUAUGAAUCAUGGGGCUAACCUUGAAAAGUUGAUCUUAAGUUAACUGCUUGUGCUUGACAGGCCUAUAACAACAGAGAAUUGGAAACAAACCACAAAGUCUUACAGAUGUGGAAGGGGAAAGAGGGGAAAACUGGAAGCUGUUUACAGUGUGAAUUAACAGAAUUAUCUGUUUCUUAAGACAUCGUCUUAACACCAGUGAUUUGUAUUAAGUAGUAGUUGUGAGUACAGUUGAGUUAUUACCCGGAAAAGCGAAACUAAUUGCUUUGUGUUUUUUAUAAACUGAAGUGUGGCCCAUGAAAAGCUUUUCUCCUAUGUGACUUAAGUUUGUCUACUGGCCACAUUUCCGCAAGUCUUUGUAGAAUACCUUCUAACAGGUUACUAUGUAUAACCUAAUGGGUCGGAAGCACAAUUUAUAAGCCACUUGCUCUGGAGUACUGUCCCUGAAAUCCAACUGAAGUCUUACGGGACCAGUUGCAGGACCUCUUCCGGUUCAGAAGGCUGCAGCCCUAGUGCUUGAAAGUCUUCAGAGCCGAGUGGGACUCUGAUGUUUGUUUCCAACAUGCUUUGCCCUCGAUGCUCGCCCUUUUGUGUUCAUUAUAAUUACUGUGUAAUUAACUUAUGUGGAGGCUAAAGUGCCUAUGUUUCAUGACAGGAACAAAUCUCUUCUAGUGGGGUCCUACUGUGGAUUUAGGACUCUUUAGUCUUAGUAGUCUAGAGUAGGUCACACUGGGAAGUUGAAGUUUAGGUAGUCCUAAAUAGUAUUAAAAUGGCGUGUACGCAAUUGUCUUUUCUGUGAUAGCUACAGGUUAAUGUGAAUUAAUACGCUGCUUUCCAUUAUUUUACUGCGCCUUUUGUUACAUGUUUUAAAUAAAUGCAAAUGUUAGAAUGGUUUAGUCCAGAAGCCUUAA